AUGGCGGACAAUGAAGCUGAGGAAGCCUUCUUCAAGGCCCAGGCCACGGAAUCAGACUCUGCGGUACCCGUGGACACUGAGGAAUCAGCUGUGGAUAACUUCGAUGAGGAAGACGAAUACGACCCCUCCAGAACCUUUGACGACCAAUACCAAAGCUCCGAGCAAGGCCUUCAGCAGACAGAAGAGGCUACAGAAGACGAAAGCCAACAGCAGCAGCAAGAUGAUGAUGAUGAUGAAGAAGAAGAAGAAGAAGAAGAAGAAGAAGAAGAAGAAGAAGAAGAAGAAGAUGAUGAUGAUGAUCAAGAACAAGAAUCAGAAGUGACAGCCCCUAACCAGACUGCUUCAUCAGACAUGGACACUGGCAUUGCUAGUGACGCGCUCGAUACUGCCCAGAAUCCCUCUCGUGCUGAGUCUCAGACAUCCACACCGGUUCCACCCCUGGGCGUGUUGGCGCAGCCCCAGACCAGAACGAUUGGGGGAUUUGACGUUGAGGACGACGAGGACGAGGAUGAGGAUGACAAAGAGGAGGCGGACUACGAGCCGCCGGCGGUACUGGGGGUGGAUGACUCAAAUGCCAUGCCUAUGACCAUGUCUGAAGAUCCAAGUUCAGGAAAUCAAAAUCAUACCACUUCCCCUGAUGUAUCAUCGCACCUGGUGCAGCCCUCGGCCUCCGUGCUAGAUGUUGCCAAUAGCUCUUAUUCUCCUGCUCCUGUUUCCAAUAUCGAUCCUUCUGUUUCUGGUUCCCUUCAGUGGGCGCAUGACCCGAGCAUGCAGAACAGUACCGUUCCUACCGCUGUACCUGACUCUCCUUCGAAAGGCCGCAUGGCGCAUGACCGCGUGGGCAUCCUCCAGGACAGGGUUGACGAGGAUCCUCGCGGGGAUCUCUCGGCAUGGCUGGAGUUGAUUGCAGAGCACAGAGCUCGUAACCGGUUGGACAGUGCGCGUGAAGCUUACGAACGAUUCCUCAAGGAAUUCCCUAUGGCGGCUGAUCAAUGGGUGGCGUAUGCCACUAUGGAGUCGGAGCUGAAUGAGCUUUUCCGCCUGGAACAGAUUUUCAACCGAACACUCCUCACCAUUCCUAGUGUUCAGCUCUGGUCUGUUUAUCUGGACUAUGUUCGUCGUCGGAAUCCUUUGACCAUGGAUACUGGCGAACAGGCAAGACGGACAAUCUCGUCAGCUUAUGACCUUGCUAUCCAAUAUGUCGGUAUGGACAAGGACUGCGGGAACAUCUGGACCGAUUACGUGGAGUUCAUUCGCUCUGGGCCAGGUACUGUCGGAGGUUCAGGCUGGCAGGACCAGCAGAAGAUGGACCUGCUCCGAAAGGCCUAUCAGAAAGCCAUCUGUGUUCCUACCCAGGCAGUCAACGCGUUGUGGAAGGAAUAUGACCAAUUUGAGAUGGGUCUCAACAAGCUUACCGGCCGAAAGUUCUUGCAAGAGCAGUCGCCGUCAUACAUGACCGCUCGAAGUUCCUACACCGAACUGCAGAACAUUACUCGUGACCUCAUCCGUACAUCCCUGCCUCGUCUGCCUCCAGUUCCCGGCUCCGAGGGUGAUGUUGAGUUUGCUCAUCAAGUCGAUAUCUGGAAGCACUGGAUCUCCUGGGAGAAAGAAGACCCAUUGGUUUUGAAAGAGGAUGACGCUGCUGCAUUCAAGGCCCGUGUGCUCUACGUCUACAAGCAGGCCCUCAUGGCUCUCAGAUUUGUACCAGAGGUCUGGUUUGACGCUGCUGAGUUCUGCUUUUUGAAUGACAUGGAAACCGAUGGCACUGACAUGUUGAAGCAAGGCAUCGAAGCCAACCCGGAAAGCUGCCUUCUAGCAUUCAAGUUGGCUGAUCGGCUUGAGGUCACCUUAGACUCAGAGCAAUAUUCCUCCAAACGGGCAGCGAAAGUCAGAGAACCUUACGAUAAACUCCUCGACGCCCUCUACGAGCUGAUCAAUAAAGCUCGAAAUCAAGAGUCCCAGGAUGUGACCCGGAUCGAGGAGGCCUUCGCGCAACAAAACCCUGAUGCUCAGGUCACGCAGGACGAGGAUGACGACGGGCUUCCAAGUGAAGCAAAGGAGAAGGAGGCUGCGAAACAGGCACAGAUUGAAGCCGUUCGAAAAGCUCACUCCAUUCAGAUCAACAUCCUGUCCAAGACGAUUUCUUUUGCUUGGAUUGCGCUGAUGCGUGCGAUGCGCCGCCUUCAGGGCAAGGGCAAACCAGGUGAACUAGCCGGUUCUCGCCAGGUCUUUGCCGAAUCCCGCAAGAGAGGCCGCAUCACUAGUGAUGUCUACAUUGCCAGUGCACUCAUGGAGUACCAUUGCUACAAGGACCCUGCGGCAACCAAGAUCUUUGAGCGAGGCGCAAAGCUUUUCCCGGAAGAUGAGAACUUUGCGCUGGAGUAUUUGAAACAUUUGAUUGACAUCAACGAUAUCAUCAAUGCCCGGGCUGUCUUCGAAACGACUGUACGGAGAUUGGCAGCCAGUCCUGAGAACGUCCACAAAGCGAAGCCCAUCUUUGCUUUCCUUCAUGAAUAUGAGUCGCGCUACGGUGACUUGGUUCAAGUAAUCAAUCUGGAGAACCGGAUGCGCGAGCUCUACCCCGAAGAUCCUUCUUUGAAGCAAUUCUCGCACCGCUACGCAGCACCAACUUUCGACCCAAUGACUGUCCGCCUUAUCCUUUCACCUUCCCAGACUCGGCCCAGAACAAUGCAUCAGGUUGUUGCACCGGAGACUCGUGGCUCGCCCGCACGAUACCAGGAUGCAUCCUUGAAUUCUCCCAAGCGCGCUUAUCCUACGGAUGACUUUGACUACGAUUCUGAUCGCCCACGCAAGUUGGCGCGUGCGGAAUCUCCGCUCAAGGGCAGCCAGGCCCGCCGUAUCGAUGUACAGAAGAGAGUCGCCCAGUUGAAUGGACAGGCUACGUCCGGUUAUAAACCUCAGGGAUCACCAGCCCCUCUACCCCGGGAUGUCGUCCAUUUGCUCAGCAUCAUUCCUCCCGCAUCUUCCUACCACAUUGUGCGCCUGUUGCCAGAGAAGAUGGUCGAUCUUCUGCGCCACACUGAAAUCCCCGCUAGUACCGAUCAAAUACCACUCCCAGCCAAUGUGCUAGGGCUGGGUGCUGCCCAAAACUCCGGUGGGAAUCAGUAUGGUGGAUCAUAUCGCUGA